AUGGGACGACGCGACCAUCGCCCGCCGCCCAAGCGCGGUGACCUUGAUCUGAGUGCACUGAUGAAUGUUGAACAGAAGAAUCAGCUGCAUCAACUCAUCAAUGUCAUCCUGGAAUCCAUGCAGAAGAAUGUCCGCGACAUCUUCGACAACAUGGGCAACGGUCGGGACGACGAGAAGGAAGAUGAUUGCGAGAGCCAGAAGGAAAUCGCGAAACCACUUAUCGAGCCCACCCCGGUGCCUGCGGUUUUGACCGCAGCAUCUGCGAACGGGUUUUUGAAGAUCCCCAAAUCCAUCGAGGAGGCCACCAACCUUCUCAAGAAGGAUGAGAGCGAGAUCCUAACCUCGAGUCUCAACGAGUUGAAGAGAGACGCGUUGACGAACUUCGGCAAGUGGCGUGGCACUGUGUUGCGCAGGUUCGGAGAUAUUACCAUCAAGAACGGCGGCAACGGCGGCAAUGUUACGAACCAAGGACCGCACCAACAGCAAGGAGGUAGUAGCAGACGCACCGGUGCCGUAAGAGGAAGACCUACGAGGCCAAGUGGUGGUGAUGUACCUGUUGAUGAAUCCAACGCGGCUCUCAUCAGAUUGUAUCCUCCGUCUCCCACACCCCUUGUAGGUCUGCCAAAGGAGAAGCGUGCCCUAAUCCUGCAUUCUGUGCUGCUCAUGCUACUUGGAUUGGAGAAUUACUCGACCUAUUCCCGGAUCCUCCUUCUCAAUCUGGCCUCUUCGAUGCAUAUUCCAAUGCACGUCCUGGCUGCAGAUGAGCUAAGAGUUGCCAAUGGCCUAGCACAAGUGAUCAAGGGCAUUUCAGCCGAGGAGAUUGCAGCGAGACGAGCCGAGGAGGGCAAGCUAGCACGUCGCUACAAGGUUCCUCCGGCCAGCACCACAAACAUCACUACCUUCGGUGUCAAUGGCGGACUUGCUGCGCCCUUGGCUUCUCUUGGGAUUGGAACCGUGUUCGGUGGUCUUGGGUUUGGGGCAGCUGCCGCAGCCGGACUGCUUGGAACGAUGGCAGAGAGCACCGUCGUUGUUGGUACGUUGUUCGGACUGUAUGGCGCUCGAGCAACGGGCAAGAUGGCAGACUCUUACGCCAAGGAUGUCCAAGACUUUGGUCUUCCUCCUCUCCACGGAUCCCUUGACAAGGACUAUACCGAUUCGAAGGAUGUACCUGCAGAGGAUCGCCGACUGCGCUUCGUUCUGUGCAUCGCCGGUUGGCUCGCAAAGCCGGAGGACAUUGUCAAGCCUUGGUUAUCUCUAAAAGACCAGAGUGAGGCGUAUGCACUGAGAUGGGAAAUCGAUGCUCUGAUGAAGAUGUCCCACGCUCUCAGCACCGUCUUCAGGAGUGCAGCAUGGACUGCUGCCAAGAAGGAGAUUGUCGGUCGUACUGUGUUCCAGUGUCUAGAGCAGAAUUAUUGGCCAAUUGACCUGCUGCAGUUCAGCAAAGUCAUCGACAACCCCUGGAGUGUCGGUAUGGUCCGCGCAGACAAGGCUGGUUUGACCAUUGCCGAUGCCAUCGUCAACAAGAUUCAAGGCGAGAGAGGCAUCACUUUGAUCGGGUUCAGUCUCGGUGCCCGCAUCAUCUAUUCAUGCCUCAUGUCACUGGCGGAGAAGCGGAUUUUCGGCGUGGUGGAGAACGUCGUCCUGAUGGGAGCUCCUUGCCCUACGGACUUGCGCAGCUGGGCAGCAAUGAAGAGCGUCGUAACAGGCCGUCUCGUCAACGUAUACUCCAAGAACGAUUACCUGCUCGGCUUUCUGUCGCGCAGCAGCUGCUAUCUUUACGGCGUGGCCGGACUGUCCAGUGUCUCGGGCAUCCACGGGGUUGAGAACCUGAAUGUCAGCGACACCGUGACUGGCCAUCUGCAAUAUCAAUACCAUGUUGGUAGCAUCCUGAAAAGCCUGGGCUGGGAAGAUCUGAACAGAAACCAGAUUGUGCAGGAACAGCAGUCUCUUGCUAUGCUCGAAGAGGAAGAGAAGCGACUCGACCAAUCUCGAACGGAGCGAGAAGCUCGCGAGGCGCUGGCCAGGAUGGAUCUCAACAAGGGAGCCCGGAAGACGAAAGCGGAGAAAGACCAGGAGAAACCCAACGAUGGUAAGAAGAAAGCCGGAGGAGGUGGCAAGCAGAAUAAGUAG